AUGCCUUCCGACCGCCCGAAUGACUUGGACCUCCGCCCCGGUUCGCAGGAGUCGAACCGGUCGCGCCAAAUGCAAUUCCUAGGUGACCUGCCGUCGCCGCGCACCGGCGAAGUGCCGCCUGCGCUGUCGCCGCUCGAUGCUUUUGCAAUGCAAUCGCGCCUCUUGGCCAAGAGAUUCGAGGAGGAGAAAAAUGGCCGCCGCAUCAGCAGACUGCCCCCUCUGACCAUCCAGAAUGAAUUUGGCAAGCAGCGACAGCAGGGCUACUUCCGCUCUCGAUCCGCCGAGCGCGACGCAUCCGACAGACGCUCGCCCGAGGAUGAGCACGCCACGCCGCAAAGCGCAAAGGAGAUCACCCCCGUCAACCGACCCAUGUCGCAACACCCGACCAUCUCAGACGAUUUCGGGGGUCCCAUCUCGCAAUAUGACCCCAAGCUCUCGCCGCUAGGCGAGGAAGAGCGCACCCCGGCCCUCGCCCAAGAGCCCGGAGACUAUUUUACAAUCCCCCGCGCUGCAUCACCAGAGCCUAUCGAGCCUCCUGUUGCGACCCGGGUUGAAGAGGCUACUCCCAAUACACCAGGAACCAGGAAUGGCCCCUGGAGUUAUCCCCGCCCGCGCCCACAGCGGACCCCUACUUUGGAAUCGACUACCUCCACACGGUCAGAUGGCAGAGGCUUGAUGCCUCCCAGGUCACCUGGCCCUGCUCGCUCGCCGCGGUUGGUUUCGCCGACCAUCCGUUCGGUGAAGAACGACAGUGCAGAUGAAGUUGAGAAUAUGUCGUUGGGUGGAUCUUUCGAUUCCCUGCCUCCUAGGCAGCUAUCUUCGAACACGAGCUAUUCCAGGUCUCACUCUCCCGCUUCUCCUUACCCACCGUCUAUCCCCCGGUCACCUUCCGUGUCUUCGGAAUGUUCCUACAGCAGCCAAAGACUCCCUAAGCCAUCCUUCAACUUCUCGAGACCUAGGCCAUCCCUUGACGCACGCCCCUCAACAUCUGAUCUGCGGCCAUCUCUGGAUCACAGGCCUUCGUUUGAAAGAGCGAGGACUCCCUCAAGACAGGCCUCUGGAGAUGGCUCUCAACGUGCCCCGUCCCGCCAGGAAUACGAAGGCCAUCAACUCCCAUCAUACGCACAUGAGCAGGUCCACACUCCUAUCAGCAUGGCAAGUGACGAUUACAUGAGUGCAAACGCCGACGGCCCUGCUCCUUCGUACAUUUAUGCCAAGUAUGCGUUGCCGCGUGGACGGACUUUGGACAGGGAGUCUCUUUGUGCGCAGGAUUUCAUGAACGAGCAGAUCAGAUGGGAGGAUGGCGCACCGCCAGCCGCUGUCAACGGAGAGCGGCCUCCCUCUCCACCUUCUCCCCCGAAAACAGCGAGUUCAGAGAGGUACUAUGACAGGACGAAGUCUUUCGACAUCCCUCGCCCUUCAUCGCCCUCUGCUGUCUCCAGCAACAGCACGCUCAAGCCUCAUCACUCGCGCCCUUCAUCAUCGGGAGCAGCUACGAGCGUCACUGCCGGCUCUCGCAUCGCCGAUAUGACUCCGCAAAUGCAUUUGGAGAAGGGCAUCGAGUUCCACGAGAAAGGAGAGGUGCAGAAAGCAACUUACCACUGGCGUCUGGCUGCGAAGGCUGAAAUUCCGACUGCCAUGCUGCUCUACGCCCUUGCUUGCCGGCAUGGCUGGGGCAUGCGUCCCAACCCGUCCGAGGGUGUGAAGUGGUUGCGCAAGGCUGUCGAUGCUGCGCAAUUAGAAGUUGCGGAUGAUGAGGACCUGGCAACCAAGGGCAAGCCUGGCCCUGACGUGAUUGAGAGGAGGACUCACAAGGCACAAUUCGCUGUCAGCGUGUAUGAAUUGGGCGUCAGCUACAUGAAUGGUUGGGGUAUUCAGCAGGAUAAGGGUCUCGCACUUCGGUGCUUUGAGAUUGCAGGCAACUGGGGCGAUGGUGACGCCCUAGCCGAAGCCGGCUUCUGCUACCACGAGGGGAUUGGCUGCAAGAAGGAUUUGAAGAAGUCAGCCAAAUUCUAUCGAAUGGCCGAGGCCAAGGGCGUGAGCGUAGCAGGCAACAGCUGGAUCCACAAGGACAAAUACAAAGAUGACGAAGCAGAAGACGAUGGCAGAGGUCGCUCAACCAGGAAAGAUGCCGACAAGAAGGCGCGUGACAAGUCGCGCACGCGUGCGCUCUUCAGCCGCAAGAAAUCUAUCGCGUAA